AUGGUCUCUCCGUUAGAGGCUCUGCCGCCGGAACUUUACACAGACAUCCUCUCACAAAUCCCUCUGGAAUAUCUACAAGAAACAACGUAUUCCCUCGUCCGCGCCGUCCCGCGCUCGCCCGUUCCCCAAUACCACUUGUUUCACUAUGUGCGCCUCAAGAGAAGCCAUCAGAUCUUCAAGCUCUACAGUCACCUUCGGAAGAGCCCAGAUCAUGUCUCCCUGAUCCGCUAUUUCGCGUUGGAGAGCUGGGAGGUCAGUGAUGCGUGGGUCGUGAAUAAUCUGAUUGCCCUCUUGCGCAAUGUGAGCGGACUGCGUCUGUUUAUUGGGCCCAACUAUUCUCCUGAACAUCUGGAAGAGAUGUUUGAGAAGCCGAUAGAAGAGUUGGAGUCUAUCUCCUUGAGAUUCAGACCGUACGUACAAAAAGCGACAUAUUAUCACUUCCUCAAGGGUGCAUAUUUUGAUUCCACUCUCGAGGCCUUUUCCCGUUGGCCGGUAGCGAGACUACACGCACUUUCAAUCAUUCAGGAUCCUCUAGACCCCCUCAAAGCGCCGACGCACUUCGCCCAGCCGCUAGUGUUCUUCCGGCUCGACCCUCUGUCGACCCUCGUUUGUUCUCCCCUCCUCGAAAAUCUUCUGCAUUUCCGCCUGCGCAUACCCGCGCGCCAGCCUACGCGCUUUCUGUACACGACGCCCAAGGCCCUGCCCAGCGUAGAGACACUCGACCUGUCCACAUGCGGCGUGAGUUUGGCUGACGUCGAGGGCGUGCUCGCUCGCUUCACGCGUCUCAGAACGCUCGUGCUUGAUCAGUGUCACAUUGUCAUUCCGCGGGCUGAUGUCCAGCACGAUGACGGGCUGUGGUACUGGGCGAUAUUGGGCAAGGCGAUGGCAGCCGCGAGUCACAAAGCGGCAAAGGACCGCGAGAAGACGCUCAGGACGUGGUUGGAAGCACACAAUGCUCAUCUCGCGGGGAAUGCGCCGGCUCCUGAGCCUGCGCAGGUGCGCCAGCGUCGACCGCGUCGGGGACGUCGGGGCCUCGCCACUGCUACCAUAUCGCUACGUAACUCUCCUCCGCGGGAUCCAGUUCCCAUUCCAGCGAUCCCUCCGGGCCAGCUGCCACCGGGCGCUACAGUCGGCCAGAUCCCAAGGAUCCGGGUCUUACCGUCCAAGCCCUCCGUCGUAUCUUUCACGGCCACCGCUCCCGUUCUUUUUGGACCAGACAAGCAUGAGGCGAUACGCGCCGAAUUCGAGAGAGGGUGGGCGGAGGGCAUUGCGCUGCUGCACGCCGUCUUUCGUCGGAUUAAGGCGAGCUGGGACAACGGAAUGAGGGUGAUGAAGUUUGACGACGACGUUGUGGACAGCGAGGUUGGUUUCGCUGGGUUGGUUGAUGUCGACGACGCGGAAGACUUUGAACUCGAAACCAUCGAGCUCGACGAGAGAGCGCCCAGCCAGUGCCCCGUACUGUGUCUUGCUGGGCCUAGGCGAAACAAGCACCAUGUUCUCGGUUGUGGACAUGAAGUCGUCUGGGACGUUUGGGGGGAUGAGCUGUGA